AGUAAAACUGACGUCGUGCCGAUUGUCUCCAUUUGUCCCUGCGCUGAAAGGGUUAAUAUUCGGCGUGGUUCCUGCCUCUGUGGGUGUGUCUUGUCCUUAUUUUCGUCUGUUCCCCUCAUUCAGUCUGACAAGAAGUGGUCCGGACUGGCAGGCGGUCGCUCGAUGCUCUGUGCUUGAGACGAAUGGAAAUGUUUGCCCUACUACUCUGAGAGAGAGAGAGAGAGAGAGAGAGAGAGAGAGAGAGAGAGAGAGAGAGAGAGAGAGAGAGAGAGAGAGAGAGAGAGAGAGAGAGAGAGAGAGAGAGAGAGAGGUAGGAGACUCUACUGCGCUUCUCUCAUUGCGUUCUUGGACAUCUGGAGGACGGUUAUUGCUCUGCUACUUUCAAUAAGUCUGCGAGAUCCUCAUUCAAUCUUGCUUUCGUUUCGUUAAAAAAGAUUUCUAGGGAAUGGAGUCGAUAAGCGCGCCGCUGGCUUCGGGACCGGACGCCAGCUCUCCGCCGCACUCUAAAAGGGACGUGUCUCCUUUCUCCGGCGGCGGCGCAUCGCUGAAACCCAACCAAGUGAGCGAGACGUCUCUGUACGGUGUGCCCAUCGUGUCUCUGGUUAUAGACGGUCAGGAGCGCCUGUGCCUAGCCCAGAUCUCCAACACUCUGCUGAAGAGCUACAGCUACAACGAAAUUCACAAUCGGCGCGUUGCUCUCGGUAUAACGUGCGUGCAGUGCACACCGGUGCAGCUGGAAAUCCUGAGACGAGCCGGUGCCAUGCCCAUUUCCUCGCGCCGGUGCGGGAUGAUUACCAAACGGGAGGCAGAAAGGCUCUGCAAGUCGUUUCUGGGCACUCAUGCACCUCCAAAACUGCCCGAAAACUUCGCGUUUGACGUUUCGCAUGAAUGCGCGUGGGGCUGCAGAGGCAAUUUCAUCCCAGCCAGGUAUAACAGCUCACGAGCUAAGUGCAUCAAGUGCGCGUACUGCAGCAUGUACUUCUCCCCAAACAAGUUCAUAUUCCACUCUCACCGCACGCCUGAGUCCAAAUACACACAGCCAGACGCAGCGAAUUUUAAUUCCUGGAGGCGCCACCUGAAACUUGCAGACAAGCAAAUGCCCGAUGACAUCUCUCACGCGUGGGAGGACGUGAAGGCCAUGUUUAACGGGGGCAGCAGAAAAAGGACGAUGCCUGGAAGCGGGUGCGAUAUGUCGCCUCUCAAAACACAUGGCCCGGGCCAUGUCAGGCAAGCCGCUUCUCCAGAAAUCCCGCACAAAACCCUACGCUGCGACAAUGAGCGCGCAAAUCUCGGCCUCACCAACGGCGCGCGCAAUUACCCGGUUAUUCCAGUGCCCAGCAAAAGCUUUAGCAUGCUCCAGAAAAUCCCACCGCCCCUCUUCCCACAUCCGUACGGCUUCUCUCCGUUCGGAUUGUGUCAAAAGAAAGACGACAGCACAAACGAGCAAAGCAAGACCGGCGUACCGGGUGUGUUUUGGGCCGGGACUAAGGACAGUCUGUAUCCGUCAUUUCCAAUGUUCUGGCCCACGACGGGCGCUCUGCCCCUGCCACCGUAUCCGCACACACAGCAAAAGCCGCAUGAGCUCACCGCAAGCCGCCAGAGUGAGACAGAUGUUGCUGAACACGAGCGUCCAAGAAGCAGCACUCCCAGAGACAACGAACGAUGCUCGAGCUCACAGUCGCUCGAGGACAAAUCUGCCGACGAGCUGAGGUCGACUGAGGGUCACGCAACGUCUCCUCCACGGAAGUCUAACUACAUUUCUGCGUUUAGGCCCGUCGUUAAGGACGCAGAGAGCAUAGCCAAGCUCUACGGCAACCGAGACGCGUACCCGGGGCCGCAUGCGGGUCACCUGUCCCCGGACUUUGUCAGCGAGACUUCCAGCUACAGGUCUGCCUCACCGGAAGUUGACAGCGGGGGGGAACCGGAAGUGGACGUGGAGUCCAACCAGGAGACCCAUGACGAUGACGAGGAGUCCGUUCAGCUGUCUGUGGAGGACCGACAGAGUCCAUUCAGGCAGAUCGUGUCUCGAGGCGGACACGGGGAAGAAGUGCGGGAAAGCAGAGAGGAAGAGGAGGAUGAGGAAGAGGACAGACAUGAGGAAAUGGAUGAAGAAAGGAUGAUUGACAGAGCGCCAAAGAGUAACGACACUCCAACAUAUGAUGUGCGUGCUGCUGAAAAGGACGCAGGGCUUUCACUAACCUCUCCUCCUGUUCCAGCACCUAAAUAUCCUCCAAUCCAAGAAUCACACAAUUCACACAGAUUCAAUCAAUCUGCUGUGCUUGAGGAUGAUUGGGAAUCUCAGAAAUCCUGUCACGACCAAAUGAACGUUUCUAACGUUUCUAAAGAAGCUGAGAUUGAAGGUGCAUCCAGGACUGAUGGCAGGUUUCAUUUAAUUGAAAAAGAUAUCGAGCACAUGGCGAAAGAGGAACUCCAAAAACAGCUGGUGGAGCAAAUGGAGCUUAGGAAGAAAAUGGAACGGGAGUUUCAAAAUCUCAAAGAUAAUUUUCAGGACCAGAUGAAGAGGGAGCUCUCUUAUCGAGAGGAAAUGGUGCAGCAGCUGCAAAUAGUCAGAGACACUUUGUGCAACGAGUUGGAUCAAGAGAGAAAGGCUCGAUAUGCAAUUCAGCAGAAGCUUAAAGAAGCUCACGACGCUCUACACCACUUCUCCUGCAAGAUGCUCACUCCACGCCACUGCACAGGGACGUGCACUUUUAAACCCCCUCUACUGCCACCUUAAUCAAAAUUCCCACACUGGAGGACCACAAUGGAUUCUACACACAUGAAAACCAAAAGACCUCUUCAAUAAAUUUAAAAGCACUGAACUUCCGAGGGCUGAAAAUGUGCAACCUUUUGAGUUCUGCUAAAAAUAGACAUGAAAUGGACAUGAAUGAUUCUUCACUGAAUCGAGCAAGCCAGCUGAGCGAUGAGAUGAGAGUCAAAGAGUGGAAUUGUUCUCAAUAUAUGUACAAUAGAAUAUUAUUAUGAACUCGUUCCAUUUUUUUUCUUCUUAAAACGCCACGAAUACAUAAAGUGGCUCUGUGCAAUGAAUUGUGAAAUCUCACAUUCUUAAAUGGUCACUAUUUGUGUGUUUUUAUGUUGUAUUUAUUCCAAAUUGAUUCACUGAUGUGCUCUCCCACAUGGAUUGUAUCUGUAUAAGCACUUUAAAUGAGAAAUGAUGAAAACCUACCUAAUCCAAAUUGAAUCUACCUUAAAUUAAAGAUGUUUACCAUG